AUGGAGCGUCCUAGGGAUUUCCACCCUUUAAAGAUCGCCUCAAGCCUUGUCUCCCCUAGGUCCUUUCUCUAUCCUCAUAAACCAGGGCCUCCUAGAACUGUUCACAAAAUGGAUAAAUCCCAACAGCCCAGCUCUUUCCAGCAGCUGGAAAAGCUCGGCGAAGGAACCUAUGCAACCGUCUUCAAGGGACGCAACCGCCAGACAGGCGAGAUGGUGGCGUUGAAGGAGAUCCAUCUGGACUCGGAGGAGGGAACCCCAUCCACGGCGAUCCGUGAGAUCUCACUGAUGAAGGAGCUGAAGCAUGAGAGUAUUGUCUCACUCUACGAUGUCAUCCAUACCGAGAACAAAUUGAUGCUGGUCUUCGAGUUCAUGGACCGAGACCUGAAGCGGUACAUGGACACCCGUGGAGAUCGCGGACAGUUGGACCCCGCUACCGUCAAAUCAUUCAUGCACCAGCUCCUCAAAGGCAUCGCAUUCUGCCACGAUAACCGAGUCCUGCAUCGCGAUCUUAAGCCCCAGAACCUCCUGAUCAACAAGAAGGGUCAGUUGAAGCUGGGUGACUUUGGACUGGCUCGCGCAUUCGGCAUCCCCGUCAACACAUUCUCCAACGAGGUCGUGACGCUGUGGUACCGCGCUCCGGACGUUCUCCUCGGCAGCCGCACCUACAAUACUAGCAUUGACAUUUGGUCUGCGGGCUGUAUUAUGGCGGAGAUGUACACCGGCCGUCCAUUGUUCCCCGGCACCACCAACGAGGAUCAAUUGGUCAAGAUCUUCCGUCUGAUGGGUACCCCCUCCGAACGAUCUUGGCCAGGGAUCUCGCAACUGCCCGAAUACAAGACCAACUUCCACAUCUAUGCCACCCAGGACUUGUCCCUGAUUAUCCCUCAAAUCGAUCCCAUCGGGAUGGACCUCUUGAACCGCAUGCUGCAGCUUCGUCCUGAGAUGCGCAUCGGUGCCAACGAGGCUCUUCAACACCCGUGGUUCCACGAUCUGCCUCAGAUCCAGGCCAAGUUGCAGCAACAGCAGCAACAGCAGAUGGCUGGAUAUGGGGGCAUGGUUCCCCCGCAGCCUGCGUACUAA